ACGGCGCUGCCGAUCAGGUUUUCCCGCAGUUAGCUCACAGGACGUGCUGUAGUUAACUUCGCACGAAGCUUCCAAGGGAAUUUCCAACAAACGCAGGACCAUAUUUCUGAAGAUGGCCAACCGCUGCGAACUGAAGACAUCGGCGUGUCCUCGUGCGGAGAAGACCUGUGUGAUCAAGAAGGCCAAGAUGUCUUUCGAUAUGAGCAAAUUCGUGAGGCCAGAUCAACCCUCGAAGUGCACGUGGAAGAAGGGGGCGGAUCCGAAGUCGUCGCCCCAUUCCACCUUCAGGAUCCAGAACGACGGUGGUCCGAUUCCGAACAUCCUCCAUCACAUUGGAAACACGCCGAUGGUAAAACUCAACAAAAUCCCGCAAUCUUAUGGAAUCAAGUGCGAUGUUUAUGCUAAAUGCGAAUUCUUCAACCCGGGUGGUUCCGUCAAGGAUCGCAUCGCUUUCCGUAUGGUCGAAGACGCGGAGAAGCAAGGUCUCUUGAAGCCAGGAUAUACCAUUAUCGAGCCGACUUCAGGAAACACCGGUAUCGGUUUGGCUUUGGCUGCUGCCAUCAAGGGUUACCGUUGCAUCAUCGUUAUGCCCGAGAAGAUGUCCAACGAGAAGGUGGACACUUUGAAGGCACUUGGAGCCGAGAUCAUCCGGACACCAACCGCUGCUUCAUUCGAAUCUCCGGAAGGUUUAAUCGUCGUGUCUCAAAAAUUGCAGAGCGAGAUUCCAAACUCGAUUAUUUUGGAUCAAUACAGGAAUCCGGGUAAUCCUUUGGCCCAUUACGAUACAACAGCCGCCGAAAUUUUGGAGGCUUUCAACGGAAAAGUCGAUAUGGUGGUUGCUGGUGCUGGAACCGGUGGUACCGUAUGCGGUAUUGGCCGUCGCAUGAAGGACUCCUGCCCUUCCUGCAUCGUCGUCGCCGCCGAUCCUGAAGGUUCAAUCCUUUCUCUUCCGGAAUCCCUCAACAAAACCGAUGUAACCUAUUACGAAGUCGAAGGUAUCGGUUACGAUUUCGUGCCCACCGUUCUGGAUAGAUCCGUCGCCGAUCUGUGGGUCAAAGUUAACGACCAAGAGGCUUUGCCGAUGGCCAAGCGCAUCAUCAAAGAUGAAGGAUUACUUUGCGGUGGAAGCAGCGGUUGCGCCAUGGCUGCGGCUCUGAAAGCGGCGUCCAGAUUGAAGGAAGGCCAAGUUUGCGUCGUUGUUCUCCCCGACGGUAUUCGCAACUACAUGACCAAAUUCGUUUCCGAUCACUGGAUGGAAGCCAGGAACCUCCAAGAAUGUGUCAACACUCAAAACCACUGGUGGUGGGACGAAAAAGUAUCUAAAUUACCUCUUCAACCACCAAUGAGCUUAUUGCCAAGCACGACCUGCGCGAAAACUCUCAACGUUAUGAAGAAACAAGGUUACGAUCAAAUGCCGAUCGUUGAUAAAAAUGGAACCAUCGAAGGUAUGGCAACCAUCACCACUCUCAUGGGUAAACUGGUGAAUUCGUUCGUGAAGCCCAACUGCCCAAUCAGCAAGACCACAGUUGCAAAAUACAACAAAGUCAACCCGAACACCUCCCUCGGUUUAGUUUCAAGGAUGUUGGAAAAAGACACCUACGUCCUAGUCACAGACAUGAAAGAUUCCAAGGAAGUGAUUUUGGGCAUCGUGACAAACAUCGAUUUGCUCCACUACAUCACCGAGAAGGAGGCGAAGAACGGCAGCGAAUGAAAACACAAGACCGAUCGGCAAAAUGUUUCUUUUUUAUAUACUUACAAAUAAAAAAUAAAGACAAAUAAAUAAUCUCGUUAA